CCCUCCCUCGCUGGCUCACUCCUUCUCCUCGGUGCUCGCCUGCUCUUGCGGGCUGAGGGCUCCCCCAGGACGGCGGAGGGCUCCCCGGGGACCCCUUCCUUUGUUUCUCCGCUCCCCCUCCCUCCUGCCGGCCGGCCUCGUUGGGGGCCCUCUCGCUGCCUCCUCGGAAGCUUCCUGCUUUCUCUGCUCACGCUGCCGCCGCUGGCUGCCUCUCUCUGCCGAUCGCCGCCGCCCCCCAACACUGAGGCUGGCGAGGAGGAGGCGGGAGGGAGGGAGCGUCGGCUGUGCCUCUGCCUCUGCCCCAGCCUCCCGAGCCAGCCCGUCUGCCUGCUGCUCCCGGCCCUUUCUUCUCGCGGCUGUCCAGCCCUGCUCCUUGCUGCCCGGCCGCUGCCCGCUCCGCUCCUCUCCGGCCGUCGGACUGGCCUCCGGCCGCGGGCCGGGUCUCCCGCCGCCGCACCGUCUCCUGCUUCACCAGCUUUCCCGAGCCGCCCUUCUGCGGGGAGGGAGCCUGGGACCUGGCACCCAGAGAGGGGCUAGCACCAGCUCUACUGGAAAGAGCCCUUGGGGAGCCCCGGAGCUGGGCCCCCUGCGAGGAGGAGGAGGAGGAGGAGGAGGGGGAAGAGGAGGAAGAAGAAGAGGAGGAGGAGGAAGAGGAAGAAGAGGAAGGGGGCUGCGCUUUCCCAGAGCCCUGCCCUUCCCCAAGUGAAGCUGGGCACCAGCCCCGCCUGAGGGUCCCAGCAGCAUGAGGAGGGGGGCCAGCCCCCAGGGGAUGAGCAGCCAGUGGCCCCAGCCUGGGCGGGGCAGGCGAUGGGGCGUGGAGAGGCCCCAGGUGGGCUUGCUGCUGAGCCAGAGCCUUGGGGAGCUGCUGUGAGGGCCGGCAGGGGGGCCCAGGAGCGCCCGGGGAGGAUCGGGAAUGCUUGGCCCCUGUGCUUCUAGAGGACAGAGGUGACCCUCCCGCCCCCGGCCAGGUGUCCUGGAGAGAACUGGGGACGCUUCCCCCCUCCCCCCAACUUUGGGGUUCUAAUUGAGCCCUGGGAGGGGGCCUGGGGGGUGCUGCGGGCUUGGCUUUCGGGCACAUUCCACCUGCUUCCCCAACAAGUUGGGCUUCGAGGGAGCCGUCUGCCCUCUGGGCUCCCGUGCCUGGACUCCUUCCCACUUAGAGAAGCCAGAGUGACUGAAGCCGCCCCCCUUCCCCCAAGCCGCUCCUUCAGCUUGUGACUCCGCCGGUCGGCUGCCGGUGGAUUUGUGAUCCCCAGCCCUCCCCACCCCUGGGUCCUUCAGGUUGUCUUCUUCCGUCCCUGACUGCGAGCAACUUCUUGGGGUUUUCAAGAUGGGGGGAGUGGUCUCCCCCCUGCUCGGCUUGGGGCGGCUCGGGCUUUGGGCGUGACCCCCUCUUGGAGGGCAGGCAGUGGCCUGGGUCCAGGCCGGCCCAGGGGCCCCCAAGGGGGGCGUGGCUGCCGUGGCGGGGCCCAGGGCCAGGGCCAUGACCGCCUGCCAGUACCCCGCGAUGUCCUCGGCCCUGGAUCGGGACCAGCUGUAUCAGCACAAGGUCUCCCUGGUCGUCCGCUACUUCAUGAUCCCCUGUAACAUCUGCCUCAUUCUCCUGGCCACCUCCACGCUGGGCUUCGCCGUCCUUCUCUUCCUCAACAACUACAAACCUGGGAAUCACUUCACGCAGCCACCCCCGACGCCUCCAGAUGCGUGCCGGGGUAUGCUAUGUGGCUUUGGGGCUGUGUGUGAACAGAGUGCAGGCCGGGCCACGUGCGUGUGCAAGAAGAGCCCGUGCCCUACCGUGGUGGCCCCCGUGUGUGGAUCUGAUGCCUCCACCUACAGUAACGAGUGUGAGCUUCAGAGGGCUCAGUGCAGCCAGCAGCGACGCAUCCGCGUGGUCAGCCGUGGGCCCUGUGGUUCCCGGGACCCCUGCUUGGGGGUGACCUGCAGUUUUGGCAGCACCUGUGCCCGCUCAGCAGAUGGGCAGUCUGCCAAAUGCAUCUGCCCAUCCUCGUGCAGCGGUGUCCCCGAGGGCAUUGUAUGUGGUAGUGAUGGGCGUGACUACCCCAGCGAGUGCCAGCUUCACCGCCUCGCCUGCGCCCGUCAGGAGAAUAUUGUUAAGAAGUUCGAUGGACCCUGUGAUCCGUGCAAGGGCAUUCUCAGUGACCUGAAUCGUGUGUGCUGGGUGAACCCCCGCACUCGCCAGCCUGACAUGCUGCUACGACCCGAGAGCUGUCCACCCCGCCAGGAGCCCGUGUGUGGUGACGACGGCGUCACCUAUGCCAAUGACUGCGUCAUGGGCCGCACCAGUGCCACUCGGGGCCUCGACAUCCAGAAGCUGCGCUCGGGGCAGUGCCAGCCACAAGACCAGUGCCCGACUCCCUGCAAGUUUAACGCCGUGUGUCUUAUCCGCCGUGGCCGCGCCCGCUGCUCCUGUGACCGGGUCACUUGCGACGGUGCCUACCGGCCCGUCUGUGUACACGGAGGUCACACGUACAUCAGCGACUGUGAGCGCCAGCGUGCCGAGUGCAGCCAGCAGCGGGCCCUGCCCAUCAAGCACCACGGGCCCUGUGACCAGGGUGCCCCCAGCCCCUGCCUGGGUGUCCAAUGUCCUUUUGGGGCCACAUGUGUGGUGAGGAACUGGGAGGCUGUGUGUGAAUGUCAGCAGGUCUGUGCCGGCCUCUACGACCCUGUGUGUGGCAAUGACGGUGUCACCUACGGAAGCCCCUGUGAGCUGGAGGCCACGGCCUGUGUCCUCAAGAAGGAGAUCCUGGUUGCCCGCAAGGGGCCCUGUGGUCUCUGUGGGAAGUGCCAGUUUGGGGCCCUGUGUGAGGCAGAGACAGGCCGCUGCGUGUGCCCCACGGAGUGCGUGACUUCAGCCCAGCCUGUGUGUGGCUCUGAUGGGAACACAUACGGCAGUGAGUGUGAGCUACAUGUACAUGCUUGCACUCGCCAGAUCAACCUCAGCGUGGCCUCCCCCGGACAUUGCAAGACAUGUGGGGACACAGUAUGCACCUUUGGGGCCGUCUGCUCUAGCGGGCAGUGCGUGUGUCCCCGGUGUGAGCGGCCGCCCCCUAGCCCGGUCUGUGGUAGUGACGGUGUCACUUAUGGCAGCAGCUGUGAGCUCCGAGAAGCUGCCUGCCAGCAGCAGAGGACAAUCGAGGAGGCCCGGCCCGGGCCCUGUGAGGACGAAUGUGGCUCUGGGGGCUCUGGCUCAGGCGAGGACGGUGACUGUGAACAGGAGCAGUGCCGGCGAAGGGGGGGCGUGUGGGACGAGGACGCCGAGGAUGAUCGAUGUGUCUGUGACUUCAGCUGCCAGACCGUGUUACGCAGCCCGGUGUGUGGUUCUGAUGGGGUCACCUACAGUAACGAGUGUGAGCUGAAAAAGGCAAGGUGUGAGAGUCGUCAGGAGCUGUAUAUCACAGCCCAGGGUGCCUGCCGAGCCACACCUACCGUGGUCCUGCCCCAACCUGUCUUGCACUGCUCUCAGACCCCCUACGGCUGCUGUCUGGACAAUGUUACCAGGGCCCAGGGUGUUGGCUUGGCCGGCUGUCCAAGCACCUGUCACUGUAACCCCUAUGGCUCCUAUGGGGGAGGCUGUGACCCCAUCUUAGGCCAGUGCUCCUGCCGCCCGGGCGUGGGGGGCCUCAAGUGUGAUCGAUGCGAGCCAGGCUUCUGGAACUUUCGCGGCAUUGUGACUGACGGCCGGAGUGGCUGCACCCCCUGUAAUUGUGACCCUGGAGGCUCGGUGCGGGACGACUGUGAGCAGAUGACCGGGCUGUGCUCCUGCAAGGAGGGCAUUACGGGAAUGAAGUGCAGCCAGUGCCCACCUGGUAGCAUCCUGGGCCCCUCAGGCUGUGAGAACGACCCUUCGGCUCCCAAGUCGUGUGCUGAGCUGAGCUGCGAGUUUGGGGCAUCCUGCGUGGAGACUGGCAGCUCUGCCCACUGUGAGUGCCCGGCACCUGUGUGUCCAGAGGAUAACAUGAUCAAGGUCUGUGGCUCAGAUGGGGUGACCUAUGGAGAUCCAUGCCAGCUGAAAACCAUCGCCUGCCGCCAGGGCCGGACAAUCACUGUGCGGCAUUUUGGGCAGUGCCACGAGUCCAUCACCCACGGGAGCCCCCCUGCCCAUCCUCCCACAGCUCCAGCUGUAGCGGCCUCGGAAACUGUCCAGCCCUCACUCCUGAAGUUCACCAGCCAGUCCCUGGAUACCUCAGUGACCACAGAACCGGGGACUAUCUGGCAGGGACGGGGUACCCGGCCUACACCCCGCAGCCACCCUACUACCCGGCCUUCUGGGCCAGCCUGGACCACGGCAGGUGUCCGCCGGACCACAGCACGGCCCUCUGCUCCUGCCCAGACUACACCGGGCAUCCACAGGACAACAGUACGACCAUCCACUCCAUCCUGGACUACGGCAGGCGUCCACAGGAGCACAGUGCGACCUAUCCUGACUGCCCCAGUAGCCCCUGCUGCCAUCCCCACCUUGGCCUACUCUGAGUCGGGUAGUGCCGAUGACAACAGCGGGGAUGGGGAGCUCAGUGGUGACCUGGAGUCCAGCGGGGUGGGAUCUGCAGGGAUGGAGCUUUUGGAAGAGGGGGGUGUUGCAGCUCCCACCGCUGCCAUUGAAAGGGCUUCCUGUUACAACCUACCCCUGGGCUGCUGCUCGGAUGGAGAGACACCUGCCCUGGAUACUGAGGGCACCAACUGCCCGGCCACUAAGGUGUUCCAGGGAGUGCUGGUCUUAGAAGAGGUCGAGGGACAGGAGUUGUUCUAUACCCCAGAGAUGGCAGAUCCCAAGUCAGAACUCUUUGGGGAGACGGCCCGAAGCAUCGAGAGUGUGCUGGAGGGCCUGUUCCGGAAUUCAGACGUCAAGAAGGACUUCCGGAGUGUCCGCAUGCGGGACCUGGGGCCGGGUGGCUCUGUGCGUGCCAUUGUGGAUGCCCACUUUGACCCCUCCACAUCCUUCACGGCCCUUGAUGUGGGCCGGGCCCUGCUGAAACAGAUCAGAGCAUCCAAGAAGAGGGUCCUGGAGGUGAAACAGCCUGUGGCGGACCACGUGAAGUUCAUGGACUUUGACUGGCUCCCUAUGCUGUUCACCACAGCUACUACCACCACCACCGUGGCCACGGCCGAGGCCAUGACCCCCGGCAGCCGCCACACCUCUCCUGUGACCGCACACACUCUGUAUCCAGGUCACCUGGGCCGGCCCCACAGCAGGACUCUGGCACCACCAGCGACUCGCAGACCGCCUGCCACCGUGGCCCUGCCCCCUGCCACUCUCCCUGUGACCAGGAGACCUCCCCGGCCUUGUGACUCCCACCCCUGCCUCCAUGGAGGCACCUGUGAGGAUAAUGGCAAGGACUUCAGCUGCAGCUGCCCAGCUGGCAGAGGCGGUGCCGUCUGUGAGAAAGCUGUGCAGUAUUUCGUGCCCGCCUUUGGGGGCAGAUCCUACCUGGCCUUCCCCACACUCCGGGCCUACCACACCCUGCGUGUAGCCAUGGAGUUUCGGGUGUCUGAGCCCCAUGGGCUGCUUCUAUACAAUGGGCAGAGCUCGGGCAAGGACUUUAUCGCGCUCACACUGGUCAAUGGCUUUGUGGAACUCAGGUUUGACACGGGCUCAGGCAUGGGCAUCGUCACCAGCAAGGUGCCUGUGGAGCGUGGCCGGUGGCACCACCUGGUGGUGACAAGGAACCGCCGUCAAGGGAUGCUCUCCGUGGAUGGGGAGCCCCACGUGACUGGCGAGAGUCCCAGCGGCACCGACGGUCUCAACCUGGACACAGACCUGUUUGUGGGUGGUGUCCCAGAGGACCAGGCAUCUGUAGUGUCAGAGCGCACAUCAGCCCGGGCUGGCCUGAGGGGCUGCAUUCGCCUCUUGGAUGUGAACAACCAGAGAAUUGGGCUUCGGGAGAAGGGCCCAGACGUUCUCUAUGGCUCAGGGGUGGGCGAGUGUGGGAACAACCCCUGCCUGCCUAACCCCUGCCACCACGGGGCCACCUGCCAGGCCCGAGAGGCUGACAUGUUCCACUGUCAGUGUCCAAAGGGCCGAGAAGGCCCUACUUGUGCUGAUGAGAGGAAUCCCUGCCAGCCCAACCCUUGUCAAGGGGCAGCUACCUGCCGAGUGCUGCCCGAAGGAGGUGCCAAAUGCGAAUGCCCCAUGGGCCGCGGGGGCCAGUUCUGUCAGACAGUCACAGAGCAAGAUCCGUCCAGACCCUUCCUUCCCACCUUUAGCGGCUUUUCCUACCUGGAACUGAAAGGCCUGCACACCUUCGGGGAUGUCCGGGGGGAGAAGAUGGUUAUGGAGGUCGUGUUCCUGGCCCGGAGUCCUAGUGGUGUCCUGUUCUACAACGGGCAGAAGACAGAUGGCAAAGGUGACUUUGUGUCUCUGGCUCUGCACGGCGGGCAUCUGGAAUACCGUUAUGACCUGGGCAAGGGAGCCGCAGUGAUCAGGAGCAAGGAGCCCAUUGCCCUAAACAAAUGGAUCCAAGUCUCUCUGGAGAGGAACGGGAGGAAGGGGGCCAUGUGGAUCAACGAUGGGGAACGUGUGCUGGGAGAGUCCCCGAAAUCCCGAAAGAUGCCACACACUGUCCUCAACUUGAAGGAGCCGCUAUAUGUUGGGGGUGCUCCUGACUUCAGCAAACUGGCCCGUGCUGCUGCUGUCUCUGGAGGCUUUGACGGGGUCAUUCAGAUGGUCUCACUAAAGGGCCGCCAGCUGCUGACAAGAGAAAAUGUCUUGGAUGCUGUUGAGAUCUCUUCCUUCCCUGACCACCCCUGUACCCGGGCCUCGGGCCAGCCCUGCCUCAAUGGGGGCUCCUGCUCUCCCCAGCAGGACACCUACGAGUGCCUGUGCCCAGGGGGCUUCACAGGGGCCCACUGCGAGAAGGGGCUGAUUGAGAAGUCGGCUGCUGACCUGGACUCCAUCGCCUUUGAUGGACGCACAUUCAUUGAGUAUCACAAUGCUGUGACCACAAGCGAACUGACCAAUGAGAUCCCAGCUCCUGAUGCUCUGGACUCUGGGGUCCUUUCCAGCGAGAAGGCCCUUCAAGAGAACCACUUUGAGCUGAGCCUGCGGACGGAAGCCAUGCAGGGACUGGUGCUGUGGAGUGGCAAGGGCACCGAGCGGGCUGAUUACAUUGCGCUGGCCAUCGUGAAUGGCCGCCUGCAGAUGACCUAUGACCUGGGCUCCCAGCCCGUUGUGUUGCACUCCACGGUGCCUGUUAACACCAACCGCUGGCUGCGUGUCAAGGCCUCCAGAGUACAAAGGGAAGGCUCCCUUCAGGUCGGCAAUGAGGCCCCGGUGACUGGAUCCUCCCCACUGGGGGCCACGCAGUUGGACACAGAUGGAGCCCUGUGGCUGGGGGGCCUGGAGAAGUUGACCGUGGCGCACAGCCUACCCAAGGCUUACAGCACGGGCUUUGUGGGCUGCUUGCGGGGAGUGGUGGUCGGCCAGAAGGAGCUGCACCUGGUUGAGGACGCCUUACAUAAGCCGGCCCUUCGGCAUUGCUCGGCCCCAUGAUGCCCCUGUCCACUUCCAGUCCUGCCUCCUGCCAGUUGUUGUAAUUAUUUUCUAUUUUUGUAAACUCAUGGCUUUUUUUUAUAUAUAAUUUCCCCCUGCCCGCCUGUCAGGGGAUGGAGGAAAUGCAGACCUCCGUCUACCCCCACCCCUGCUCCACUGAGAGCUGCCUUCCACUGGCCUCUGUUUGGGGAGGAUCCUGGCUCUGAAGGCCUGGGUCCUGGCCCUAUCUUUGGGCAGCUGGGGGGCCCCACCCCAGGGGCAGCCAACGGGGGCCUGGACCUGACAGACUGCAGGCUCUUUCCCGGGGGCUUUGGCUGGGCUCCAGUGGCCUCCUUCCCUCCUGGUUCUGCCCCCAAAGGAGGACAAAGAUGGACCAGCCCUGGCCGAGAGAAGGUCAGGCCAGAGGAAUUUGGGCUAGCCUGGGUCCUCGGCCUCCAUGCCACCUCCCUCCCCUUUCAUUGGUCUUUUGUGUUUGUAAUUUAUGUGUGUAAGAGUCUGACUUUAUCUGUUAUUUUUAAUGCACUGUCAUCCUUGCCAUCCCUACUUUAUUCCCCUCUACCAACAGUCUCUCAUGUGUAUACACACACACACACACACACACACACGCACACUCACACUUAUACAGACACACAGACCCUCACAGACACACUCAUACAGACUCACACACUCACACACACACACACACACACAGAGGCCGGCACUCCCUAGUGACAUUGCUGCCUCUGCUUAGAUGCCAUGAAGCUCAGUGCCUGGGGCACGCUUCACCAAGGCUGUAUGGAAACAGUGUCUCCCAUUCCUUCUUUGCCUGACUUUACUCUUCAGAAGCCAGAUAGCACGAUCGAGCUCUGAGGGUCUUAUUGUGGGCUUUAUUGGGGGCAUGGGGGCAGAGGAGGACGGUUUCUGCCCUCUCCACCACACUACCUACCGGUGCCAGCCUCCAAUCCCCCUGGCCCUGGGGCACAUCCAUGGCUCAGUUCCCAGAACCCUCAGGCUUGCUCAGUGCCAAUACUGUGACAUAGAAGCGAUCUUAUUUGUUGGGCCCAAAGAGCCUUUGGGGCUCUCUUCCCAUACUUCCCAGCCUGGCUUGGAUGGAUUCCGCACACUCCAGUGGGGUGGGGACCCAUCUAGCCCUCUCCUGCCUGGUCACUGCAUUUGAGUGUGAGCAGAUAGGAUCAACAUCACUUCAGCCGUGAGGAGAGGGCCCAGACCCAGUCGGGCCUUGCCCUCCUGGCCAAGGGAAGAUCGUUUUGAAGGCUCCAGAUUCUUCACACACCAGCUGCUUGUACUUCGAGAUCCUUCCUCCGCACUUGGGCUUCCAAACAUGGUCUUUCUCUCACAUCAGAAACACCUCCGGCAGUGGUCCCCAGGGCCCAUUUUUUGAACUUGUAGAGAAUGGGUGUGGCCUGUGGCUUUUACAGGAGUAAUUAUGGUGACUUUUGGAAGAAAGGACAUCUGGGAGUUGGACUUUUCUCCCCUCCCCACUCUCCUUUUUCAGCACUAGAGUUGGGAUGGGGGGGUUGGGGGUAGUGGAGCUCUCAGAGGCAGCCAGGACUGGAAGUGGCUCUUAAAGCUGUCUUUGAGAAAGGGUGAUUUAUCCAUGGGGGUGGUAGAGUGAGGGGCUGGGGGAGGGGAACACUUUUGAGAUCCAUUCCUUGUCCCUGGGCACUGGAGCCCAGGGAGCGCCCUGUCUCAAAGCUGGAGUCCCUUCAUUUUGUCCCUCUCCCUGGCAGUGCUGCCUGGGGGUGUUGGGGCGGGGAGCAGAGGGGGUGGG